GUACUAAUCAAAAUUAAAACUAUCUCUUUUCCACUGUCCUGAACACCUUGUUUGAAUAAAAAGAAAGCUGGAAAAGCUUUGCUUCCACAUCAUCAUCACAUCCACCACGACCAGGCUCCUUUUCUAUUUUGUGUGGUGCCCUCUCCUCUCUUGUUGCCUUGUCCCAACCCAAUACAACCUUUUUCUUGCACUUCCCCUCGUUUUGAAAUUCAAAAUUUUUGAACGGCUAACCACCAUUCCCAUGAGAAAAUCUCAUCGUACCAAAACGACAUAAUAAAAAACCAUUAAUGAGGUUCAAGUCCAACAUUGGGCAACUUUGAGGUUUCCCAAAUUUACUCAUCACCCACAAAGCUCCAAACCCCACAGCUCUCAUGGGGGAAACAGUUACCUGUCUCAUGCAGCAGCAGCCAUUCUCUUACACUGCAGGCAUCUCCAAUGAAGCCAAAGAGGGGAACUUGAUCAGCUCACUGGGGCAAUCUGUCUCCUUUGGGAGGUUCACUUCAGAGUCUUUGUCAUGGGAGAAAUGGUCGACUUUCUCUAGCAACAAGUAUGUCGAAGAAGCUGAGAAAUUCUCCCGCCCUGGCUCGGUGGCUGAGAAGAAAGCCUUCUUCGAGGCUCAUUACCGCAAUCUCGCUGCUCGAAAGGCCGCCGCAGAAGCAGCUGCAGCGUUGCUUGAGCAGGGGAAUGGUGGGGAAAUGGAGGAAUCAGAACCAAAUGAGGCUAAUGAACCAAACCCUAGUUUUGGGGUAAAGAUUGAAGCUUUGGUUGAUGUUGAAUCUGUUGAGAGCAAGGAGGAAGGUAAUAGAGAUGGUGGUCUUGAUGGUGCAGAGCAAAUGGAGAAGCCGUUGUUGAAGGUCACGAGAACAAAGUCAAAAGGUUCUGCACGGAAGUCCAGUGAAUCUGAACCAGUUAAGGCCGAUGAAGGUAGAGAGCAGAUGGAGAGGCCAUUGUUGAAGGCAAUGAGAACAAAGUCAAAAGGUUCCUCACGGAAGUCGAAUGAAUCUGAACCAUUUAAGGGCAGUGAUGGUAGACAGCAAAUGGAGGAGCCAUUGUUGAAGGUAACGAGAACAAAGUCAAAAUGUUCUGCACGGAGCUUCAGUAAAUGUGAACCAAACAAGGCCAAUGAACCCAACCCACCACCCGAAAACGAAGCUGUCGAGAGUUCUUGCACAAAGGUAGAAGCUUUGACUGAAGUUGAAGCUAUUGAGAGCAAAGGGGAAAGUACAAACCAAAUGGAGAAGCCAUUGUUGAAGGAUUUCAUCUCUAAUGCAAGUGAUUCUGACUCGUUCACCAAGAAGAAGCCUGCAGUUUCUUUCUCAAGCAACUUGGUUGUAAGAAGAAAAGUUCCAGCAGCCAGAAAUGAAAGCUUGACUGCUACUACUACUCCAGUCAACAAGAGAUCGUCGACACCAAAAUCAAGUCAGAAUAAGGCCAUCAACUUCACUCCUGUGAGAGAGAUCAAUAGAAUAACUUCCACCAUCAUCAGGAAGAUUGAUUGUUCUAGAGCCGGUUCGAGUAAGCCUACGAUGGCUAAAGAUUAUAGCUCAUUAGUUUCAACUCCAUUCAGAACUCCAUCUAGAGAAGAAUCUAAGAAUCACCCAGAAACAACAACCCCACAGUCAGAAUUCUGGGCAAGAACACCUCUUCAUCCAUCAGCAGCAGCAUCAGCCUCUGGAAGCAAGGCAGUUAGGCCAAGAUGGCAUUUCCUACCUACAGAUUGCUCGAAGUUUAUGAGUGGCAGCAGAAACAAAUCCCAGCAGUCACCAUGCUUUCCUACGCCUUUCAGCUUGAGAACAGAAGAAAGAGCUGCAAGACGAAAAGGGAAGCUGGAAGAGAAGUUCAAUGCUAAUCAAGCUCAAAAGGUUCAGUCACAAGCAACAGGCAAGGUAUAGUUAUUGCUAUACCGCCUUCUAUAGUCUUCAAUAUUCGCUAUAGGUCUACUUUCAUUCAACGGUUGUGCAAUUGUAGGAGAAGGCAGAAACAGAAAUGAAAAAGCUGAGGAAGAGCCUUUGCUUCAAGGCCAGGCCAUUGCCAGGGUUCUAUAAGCAAAGAGUAACACCAAAGAACCAGAUGGACAAGGCUCCACUGACACAUCCUUCUCCAUCACAAGAACCAGAGACUUCAACUGCAAAAAUGGUGAAGAAUACUAGUACUAUUCCACAGAUUGUUCAGAGAAGUUCAAGCAAGAACAGUGGCAGAAAUGUGAAGAAGAACGACGACAGCUGCAACAAUCCACGGUGCCUACGUGCGAGACUGAGAGCAACUGCUGCGGAGAAUAGUUGUCCAAAUAUCCAGCAACAAGCAACCUGAAGAUUGCUAGAUGCAAGUUCUUUCGUGGGGGGGUGAGAUCUUGUGAAGCAGGCUUCACAGUAUAGAACAGUACCACUGUCCACAGAGAGGGCCAAGCUGACCUUGUUAUGUCAUUAACCAUUGACCCAUUUUCUUUGAUCUUUCUUUCUACUCUUCAUAGAAUCUGAGCUGAUUAGUUCUUGUAUCUUUUGAACAAUAUCAUGGUUGAGCUUCUGAAAUCUGAAUGACUAAUGUUGAUCCACUGAAAAGAACUUUCUCAUUAUAAUAUGCCACAGCUGUUAGCUAGCUUAAUUACUAAAUGAGAAAGCACAAUUCAUGGUUCUGGUUGCAACAAGCUUGUGAAAAGAUCAAACAACAAUCUUUGCCACAUUUUCAUUGCAAUAUCAUCAUCCUCAAAAAAA